CUUCUGUCAAAAUGGUUGAACGAAAAUUUGAGCUCAUAGACGAGCAUGACUUCAACAGAACUUACCACGGCUUUUCAAUACACGAGCAAUGGCAAGCCUGGGAGACCGCCCACUUGUUCUGCGUCAACGAAAUUGUUGAGAAUCCAACCGACGGCGCGCGGCUUGUUUCAAUCGGCUGCAAUAAUGGCGAUGCUAGUUCACCAAACUGCACUACAGCAUGUUCGAACGCAACGCUCAUGUACAGUUCACCAGUAAACCUGUGGAACUGCAUGACUCUCGCGACGUUAGGUAUACUUGUUGGUCAGGGAAACAAUACGAUUGACCGCGAUAGUGAGAGGAAGAUGGAUGAGAGAUUUCAUUUUGGGACUGUUGAGAAGUUCAAUUCCUUGAAUGUCUUUCGGAAAGUCAGAGACUGUGCUUGGGCGUCUUGCUCUGACUCUACGUAUGGCAGCUGUACGAGCAGUCUUCAAGGGUUCAAGUGCGGUCCUGUGUCGCCGGAUAACAUCGCCGAGUUUGGGAGGGCUAUGGCAAAACCGUAUUGUCAGGCUGCAAGUGCUGGUAUUGAUUUGGACAUCGCUGGACAAGGUAUCGUCACGGCGUAUAUCAUCCAGCUCGCCCUUGUCCUUUUCCUAGGCCUCUGCUUCAAACUCACAACGUCCUGGAUCCGAAACUUCGGCCGCAUAGCUAGUUGGCUUCAACAAGGCGCUGUCUGCAAGAAACAUGUCAGAAAUGGCAGACAACACUGUCUCAAACACGCUUCGCAAAUGCUGCAUCCUCAGCUCUGCUGGAUUUCCAAGAGUCGCAAGCCUUGUUCGCUGCUACCAUCUCGAUCACAGCUAUCAUCACAUUCGACGGCGGAAAUAGACCUGGACUAGCAAAUAUGCUUACGAUCUUCUCAUGGAUGUUCAAUCGUCGAAUUAUGCAGGGCUUAAUCACAGCCGGCAUGUAUCCCGUUCUUAUGGCGCAGCUAGUCAUGCAUCGAGCAGGAGAGCGCCGUUUCUAUACUCUUUUCUUCGUGGUGCUGUCUUGGAUCGUUAUGACUGUCAUGCCUGAGUUCGAAGACCUUAACGCUGCUGCAUUUGAAGAGCACCUGAAGCAAGUUUCCCCGGUGGAAGCGUGUGGAGGCAACCCCGGUCCUAUGAGCUUUUGCCAGAGCAUCAAGGUUAAGAAGAGCUACGAGUUCUUCGCCCUGACUAUAGGCUUCCAAUUCAUUGUUCAUAUCAUUGCAUCAUGUCUGGUUAUCGACUGGAUUGUGCAAUUCGCCAAGAC